AUGAGCGGUGGUGCCGGUGUCGAUUGGCAUGAUGAGAUGGAUAUCCCGAAAAUGGAACUACUCAACGCUGCCUACGAAGGGAAUAUCAACAAGGUUGGUGAGCUACUUCGAAUGGGUGUGAAUAUUGAUUCGUGUGACGAUGAUCAUGUGACAGCACUGCAAAUUGCUGCAUUUAAUGGAAACAAUUCAAUGGUCACUUAUCUUCUCGACGAAGGUGCAGAUUUGGAAGCAUGCAAUCAAGUAGGCAUGACACCGUUUCAUCAUGCUUGUCGUGAAGGGAAAAUGACCGUAGUUGAGACAUUACUGCAACGUGGUGCCGACAUCCAUCGAACUACGUAUAUGGGAGCAACGGCAUUGACAUUAGCUGCUGCUGGAGCUCAUCUACAUAUAGUGAAGAAAUUGGUCUCCUUACGUCUAGAGGUCUCACCACCAACUAUGGGAUUGUGCCCAACACCGCUUAUAGCGGCCGCAUUCCGCAGUAGUCCACAAAUUUGUGGAUUUUUGAAUCAUCGAGGAGCCCCGAUCGAUGAGACGUUGGACUCUCUAUUAGGAUUGUCUGCGCUUUCCUGUGUACUUAUGUGUUCGUCAACAAGCGUCUUCUGUGCACUCCUGGACCUUGGCGCCGAUCCAACGAAAAAAACAUUGAAGAAGAAAACCGCCGCCGAAUUGGCCGAACAGUUCAAGCGACAUGAUGUACUAGCUAUACUAGCUGAUAAAAGUAGAAUUAGACACCAUGAUAGAACUACUGUGGGCGAUAUACGACAACUGAUCGCGGAAAACCAAUUGGAUUGUGCCGAAUUCGCACGCGGCAAACAAACGCCGCUCGCGGAAAGUGCGACCCCGCUUAUGUUCGCAGCAGCGGUUGGAAACGAGCGUGCGGUCAGACGUCUACUUGAUUUACGAGUAGAGGUUAAUGAUGCUGAAUCUCGUUAUGCUCUCACCGCUCUUCACAUCGCAUCGCUGCUCAGAUUUGAUGCGAUUGCUCUUGUGCUCUUAAUGAACGAUGCUAAAACUAGUGAUUUGACUACACUGAAUCUUUCCCCAUUUGAUUUUUAUAUAUCAUGCUCAGAUGAACCGGACCCAAGCCUACGAGCAAUGCUGCACUGUUAUCGCCCAUCUCGCCUGGACGGAAAAAUGAAUCUUAGUGCCAGUAGUGGCACGUUAUCGAAAGUGCUAACAACAGGACGACCAAAAGAGUGGCUGUCUCGUUUCUCAAGUCAACUGGGUAUCUCUGCAGAAUCACAAGCUGCAUCGAGUAUGAUGGAGAUGCGACAAUGGCGAGAUUAUUGGACGAGAAUCAGCGGUACGGAUGGUCGCUUCUGGAGGAAACUUGUCACCGCCGAGGAAAUUCUCCGGAUGACAAAAAAUGCGACACCGCUCAAAAAUGUCACUUACGACACGGUGCUAGAUGCAGUUAAGAAAAUGGCUCAGCAAUGCCAGUCAUUUGCUGUCAACUGUUUCUACGACUCAUACGUCGGCGAGGUGAAACGAGGAGACACCGAUGCAGAGAAUGACAACUAUAAAUGGGAAUACUAUGACCGCGCACAAAUGUACACAUCACAAUGCGGUUACCAACAGUCAAAGAGGAGGGUUAUCAAUCCAAGGGAUUCCAUUGUGGUACAUCGAAGAGACGGAAGUGAUGGUAGUCGCAAACCACGCACACUAUCAUUCUUGGAGUCCCCAUCACAAAAUCAAAUGCGUACAACUCCAAGAAUGCUGAAGAAGUCGCGAGAGUCAAUGGUUAUGGAUGAAAGUGUGACUCGAGGUGGUUACGAACAACUAAGGAAAACCUCUUCUACACCUCUUCUCGUACAAGUGCCAACAAUGUUAGGAACGCCACAUGUUCGUUUGGCACUCAGCCAAUCGGAGCGACGGCGGACAGUUGAAGAGCGAAUAUGGGGUGAAUUACGAAAACACGGUCUGAUGCAAUACGUUGACGUGCUGCAGAAAGAAGAAAUUGAUGCUGAGUCAUUCUUCACUCUGAACGAUCACGAUUUGAAGAAUAUGGGUAUUACAACACAAGCACAUCGUACAGCUAUUCUGAAUGUGAAAAAUCAUCUCAUUAGUAUAUCAUAA